AUGUCACCAACCGGGCUACAUUCGCGCGUUCUGCUCCUGCUCUGCUUCGUCUCCACCACAGCGUGCAAUAUGUUCGCGUUCACCGAGGAGCCCUCUGAGAGAGCCGGGAAGGCGGACGGGUAUUGUAGUCGGAUAUUACGGGCUCAGAGCAAUCGGAAGGAGGGCAACAACGAAUUUCGCCUCCGCGUUGAGGGAGACCCCGAGAGCUAUCAGCCAGGGAGCACAUACAGAGUGACUGUGAUUGCAUCCCCCCCCUCCUACUUUAGAGGGUUCACCCUUAUUGCCCUGAAGGAGGGCACAGAAGGAGACAAGGACGAGGACUACGCUGGAAAUUUCCAGAUAAUUGACGAGGAGGAAACACAGUUUAUGACCAACUGCCCCCCUGCAGUGACAGAGAGCACUCCUCGCAGACGCACCAGCAUCCAGGUGUUUUGGACUGCACCCCCAAGUGGCUCCGGCUGUGUCGUCCUCAAGGCAAGCAUUGUGCAGAAGAGGAUAAUCUAUUUCCAGGAUGAAGGCUCACUCACCAAACGAAUGUGCGAGAAAGAAUCCCUGUAUGGUGAUACUACAGAUAAACCUCUGCUCGACUGCUGCGCCUGUGGAACAGCAAAGUACAGAGUCACCUUCUAUGGGAACUGGUCAGAGAAGAUUCAUCCUAAAGACUAUCCCCGUCGUGCCAAUCACUGGUCAGCCAUAAUCGGUGCAUCCCACUCUAAGAACUAUGUGCUGUGGGAAUACGGUGGCUUUGCCAGUGAAGGAGUUAAACAGGUAGCUGAGCUGGGCUCCCCAGUCAAAAUGGAGGAGGAGAUCAGACAGAAGGGUGAUGAGGUCCUGACGGUCAUCAAAAUGAAAGCACAGUGGCCGGCCUGGCAACCACUUAAUGUACGGGCUGCCCCUUCAGCUGAAUUCUCGGUGGACCGGACUCGUCACCUCAUGUCCUUCCUGACCAUGUUGGGACCUAGUCCAGACUGGAAUGUGGGUCUGUCUGCUGAGGACUUGUGUACCAAGGAGUGUGGUUGGGCCCAGAGGGUGGUCCAGGACUUGAUCCCCUGGGAUGCAGGCACUGACAGUGGGGUAACAUACGAGUCUCCCAACAAGCCUACUGUGCCCCAGGACAAAAUCCGUCCCUUGACCAGUCUGGAUCAUCCACAGAGCCCAUUUUAUGAUCCUGAGGGGGGCGCUAUCACUCCUGUGGCCAGGGUGGUGGUGGAACGCAUUGCCAGAAAGGGCGAACAGUGCAACAUUGUGCCAGACAAUGUGGAUGACAUUGUAGCAGAUAUUGCCCAGGAGGAGAAAGAGGAAGAUGAUACCCCUGAGACAUGUAUCUACUCCAACUGGUCUCCAUGGUCCGCCUGCAGCUCAGCCACUUGUGAAAAGGGCAAGCGGAUGAGGCAGAGGAUGCUGAAGGCCCAGUUGGAUCUUAGUGUUCCCUGCCCACACACCCAGGACUUUGAGCCUUGCAUGGGGCCUGGAUGCAGUGAUGAGGAUGCUUCCACCUGCAUGAUGUCAGAGUGGAUCACCUGGUCUCCAUGCAGCCUGUCCUGCGGAAUGGGAACACGUUCCCGGGAGCGUUACGUUAAGCAGUUCCCUGAUGAUGGCUCAGUCUGCACCCUUCCCACAGAGGAGACCGAAAACUGCGUGGUCAAUGAGGAAUGCUCUCCCAGCAGUUGCCUGGUCACUGAGUGGGGUGAAUGGGAUGUCUGCAGUGCCACUUGUGGUCUUGGCAUGAAGAGGAGAGAGCGCAUGGUGAAGAUGCCUCCUGCAGAUGGCUCCAUUUGUGAGGCAGAGGUGUUAGAAGUGGAGAAGUGCAUGAUGCCAGAAUGUCACACAAUUCCAUGCAUGCUGACUCCAUGGUCGGACUGGAGCGACUGCAGUGUGACGUGUGGGAAGGGUCUGAGGACACGGCAGCGCAUGCUCAAGUCCCCUGUGGAGCUGGGAGAGUGUACGGAAGAGUUAGAGCAGGUGGAGAAGUGCAUGCUACCAGAGUGCCCCAUAGACUGCUUGAUGUCAGAGUGGACAGAGUGGUCAGAGUGCAAUAAGUCCUGUGGGAAGGGUCAUACAAUCCGGACACGCAUGGUGAAGCUGGAGCCCCAGUUUGGUGGAGACCCCUGUCCCGAAACCAUCCAGAGGAAGAAGUGUAAGAUCAGGAAGUGCAACCGAGGACAAGCCAACAGCGAUGAGAAGAAACGACGCAAGGAACAACGCGAAAAGAGGAAACAGGGCAGAGCUGAGGUUGCUUCAGAGCAUCCAGGGUGUAAAAUGAGACCGUGGUCGAGUUGGACAGAAUGUACCAAGCUGUGUGGUGGAGGAAUUCAAGAACGGCUCAUGACAGUGAAGCAAAGGUUUAAGACUGCCCAGCUGUCCAGCUGCAAGGACAGGAAGGAGAUCAGGGCUUGUAAUGUGCACCCCUGCUAG